AUGCUUAGCUCUGCGGUCUUACUCCUGGCUGCAUCGUUGGCUCUGCCAAUUGAUGCCCAUCGGGUAUCACGACUAACAGCGGACUCUACUCCCAAGCUAACCCUUCCAUGGGGAACAUGGGAAGGAAAGCCGUACGGCGAAGAUGGCGAGACUACUAUUUUCAAAAACGUCCGUUUCGGCCAACCUCCUGUCGGUAAUCUGCGUUUCGCAGCACCAGAGUACCCUGAAGCAAUCGAAGACCCCAAACAAGUUCAAGACAGUACCUACGGGCCGAGCUGUAUCCAGGCCAAGAUACCUAAAGAGAAUGUGACCGUAGAACCUACAGACGACAACAGCUCUCAAGCCGAGGACUGCCUGUUCCUCGAUGUCUAUGUUCCCUCGUGGGCUCUAGAGCCAGGUUCAGGCGUAGAUGAAGAUCCGCUUCCCGUUGUUGUAUGGAUCUAUGGAGGAGCAUACAUCUUCGGCUCGAAGGAUCUCGCUUUCAAUACCACGAAUGGUCUCUUCCAAGCUUACGACGGCCAAGGCAUCCGUGAUGCGGCUGAGCAGAGCGUCAUCUGGGUAACCGGAAACUACAGGAUGGGAGCGUUUGGCUUCUUGGCUGGCUCUACUAUGGAAAAAGGAGCACAGCCCAAUGCGGGUUUGCAUGACCAGCGCCUUCUUCUAGAUUGGGUGCAGCGAUACAUUGGGCAGGUAGGUGGAGAUAACAACACUGUGAGCGCAUGGGGCCUGUCUGCGGGCGCAGGAUCCAUCCUCCAUCACCUGACCGCGUAUGGCGGGAAUAAGAAAGAGGAAACACCGCUGUUUCACCGGGCUGUUAUGUGGAGCCCUGCGUUCCAAUGGGGCUAUGAUCGUGCUGGAGCCUUGGAAGAUACCUUCCACAAGUUCGCAGACAAGGUCGAGUGUUCUACAAAGGCGCUUGACUGUCUCCGGCAGGCCAGCACGGACGACUUGAUUGAAGCCAAUCAAGGUGUCGUUAAUGACACUUUGAAACUGGGCUUGUUUCCAUUUGGUCCGGCCGUGGAUGGAGAUCUUGUUCCAGAGCUUCCGGCUGCUCUGUUGAGCAAAGGAAACCACACCAACUGCAGCUCGAUCAUUGUGUCUCACGACCACGACGAAGUCAGCCUAUUCCUUGCGAAAUGGGUUCAGACGAAAGAAAAUUUCACCGAGUUCCUGACUUAUGCCUUUCCCGGCGUCAAGCUUGCCAAUAUUCGGGAUCGAAUCGAGAAGCAAUAUCCCGCCAGACUUUUCGACUCCAAGCAGAAGAUGCGCAUGAGGAAGGUGCUGCGCGACUCGACCUUUGUCUGCAACACACGCCAGAUCUAUAACGCUUUCCGCAACGACUCUACUGUCUAUACUGCGAAAUUCGAGAUGCCUCCUGCACAGCACGGCUUCGAUAUGUUCGCCCUGAUUUGGCACCGCGGCGUCGCUGUAAGCGAGUUGCUUAGGAACGCAUCAGAAAAGAUUCCUGACUUCAUUCUCGAUAUCUUUGAUAAUAUCUGGCCAGUGUUUGCGCCAAGAUUCCAAGAUUACUUUGCGGGACAUGCACUUACUGGCGAUCCAAAUCAGCUACAUUAUCGUCGCGGACUGGAGUGGAAGCCUACAGUUGAUGACGGCAACGAGCUAACAAAUUCAUUAAAAAUGGGGUUGAUGUAUCCAAAUUAUGCUCAUCCUUUUUUCACGUCGGGCAAGGAUGCGCAGAACUCAAUGGAGAAUUGUGCUUUCUGGGAUGAGAUUGCGAACGAUAUCUCGGCACUCGGGAAGGAGUCUGCACCGCUGGUCAGCUUCAAAGAACAGCUUGAGCUACGUUAA